CGGGCCAUGGCGCUGCUGCAGAACGUGUCGCUGCAGGAUCCACGGGACCGCUUCGAGCUGCUGCAGCGCGUGGGGGCCGGGACCUAUGGCGACGUCUACAAGGCCCGCGACACGGUCACGUCCGAACUGGCCGCGGUCAAAAUAGUCAAGCUAGACCCAGGGGACGACAUCAGCUCCCUUCAGCAGGAAAUCACCAUCCUGCGUGAGUGCCGCCACCCCAACGUGGUGGCCUACAUUGGCAGCUACCUCAGGAAUGACCGUUUGUGGAUCUGCAUGGAGUUCUGCGGAGGGGGGUCUCUGCAGGAGAUUUACCACGCCACAGGGCCCCUGGAGGAGCGGCAGAUUGCCUAUGUCUGUCGGGAGGCACUGAAGGGGCUGCAUCACUUGCACUCUCAGGGGAAGAUCCACAGAGACAUCAAGGGAGCCAACCUUCUCCUCACCCUCCAGGGAGAUGUCAAGCUGGCUGACUUCGGGGUGUCAGGCGAGCUGACAGCGUCUGUGGCCAAGAGGAGGUCUUUCAUUGGGACUCCAUACUGGAUGGCCCCAGAGGUGGCCGCCGUGGAGCGCAAAGGUGGCUACAAUGAGCUGUGUGACAUCUGGGCCCUGGGCAUCACCGCCAUCGAACUGGGCGAGCUGCAGCCGCCUCUCUUCCACCUGCAUCCCAUGAGGGCCUUGAUGCUCAUGUCGAAGAGCAGCUUCCAGCCGCCAAAGCUGAGAGACAAGACUCUCUGGACCCAGAAUUUCCAUCACUUCCUCAAGCUUGCCUUGACCAAGAAUCCCAAGAAGAGACCAACGGCAGAGAAGCUUCUGCAGCACCCCUUCACAACCCAGCAGCUGCCUCGGGCUCUCCUCACACAGCUGUUGGACAAGGCCAACGAUCCCCACCUGGGAACCCCCUCUCCAGAAGACUGUGACCUGGAGACUUAUGACAUAUUUCCGGACACCAUUCACUCCCGGGGGCAGCAUGGCCCAGCCGAGAGGACCCCCUCGGAGAUCCAGUUUCACCAGGUGAAAUUCGGCGCCCCACGCAGGAAGGAAACAGACCCACUGAACGAGCCGUGGGAAGAGGAGUGGACGCUGCUGGGGAAGGAAGAACUGAGCGGGAGCCUGCUGAAGUCAGUCCAGGAGGCCCUGGAGGAAAGGAGCCUGACCAUCCGGCCAGCCUUGGAACUCCAGGAGGUGGACUCCCCAGAUGACACCAUAGGAACCAUCAAGAGGGCCCCAUUCUUGGGGUCAUCUCCCACUGAGCCUCCAGCCGAGGACCUGCAACCCAGUCUCCCAGGAACUCCACCACUACCGCACCCAGGCCCUGCCAGUCCUCCCCUGCUCCCCACCGCCUGGGCCACCAUGAAGCAUCGGGAAGAUCCUGAGAGGUCAUCUUGCCAUGGGCUCCCCCCGACCCCCAAGGUGCACAUGGGCGCCUGCUUCUCCAAGGUCUUCAAUGGCUGCCCCCUGCGGAUCCAUGCUGCUAUCACCUGGAUUCACCCUGUCACCCGGGACCAGUUCCUGGUGGUGGGAGCCGAGGAAGGUAUCUAUACCCUCAACCUGCAUGAACUGCAUGAGGAUACACUGGAGAAGCUGAUUUCGCACCGCUGCGCCUGGCUCUACUGCGUGAACAACGUGCUACUGUCCCUCUCAGGGAAAUCCACACACAUCUGGGCCCACGACCUCCCAGGCCUGUUUGAGCAGCGGCGGCUACAGCAGCAGGUUCCCCUCUCCAUCCCCACCAACCGCCUCACCCAGCGUAUCAUCCCCAGGCGAUUUGCCCUGUCCAACAAGAUUCCUGACACCAAAGGCUGCCUGCAGUGUCGUGUGGGCUGCCGCGUCCUGUUCCACGUCCUACCGCUGGAGGCUGGCCUGACGCCGGACAUCCUCAUCCCACCUGAGGGGUUCCCAGGCUCUGCCCAGCAGGUGAUCCAGGUGGACAGGGACACAGUCCUGGUCUGCUUUGACCGCUGCGUGAGGAUCGUCAACCUGCUGGGCGAGCCCACAGCCACGCUGGCGCCCGUGCUGACCUUUGACUUCCCCAUUGAGACUGUGGUGUGCCUGCAGGACAGCGUGCUGGCCUUCUGGAGCCAUGGGAUGCAGGGCCGCAGCCUGGACACCAAUGAGGUGACCCAGGAGAUCACAGAUGAGACGAGAAUCUUCCGAGUGCUUGGUGCCCACAGAGACAUCAUCCUUGAGAGCAUUCCCACCGACAAGCCUGGGGCUCACAGCAACCUCUACAUUCUCACAGGCCACCAGAGCAGUUACUGAGCAAGUCACCUAGCUGGCUUGGCCAGGAGCGCCCCCGCCUGCCCCACACAGCAAUUCUUUCAGGCAGGGGGGCCCCUCCGAGAUCAGAGGAGCUCAGGCCCUGGUUCUGCUGGUCUGAAAGGGCAGAAAUCCUGAGAAGAGUCUGGGGGCUGGGGAAGGGAGGGGCCCGCAGCCCACACCUCCGCAAUAACUGGACCAGAAGAAGCUGCUGUCAUAUCCCCCUCCCAAGCGGGCAGCUGGUUCCCAGAGCGCUGUGGCAGGGCCCUGAGCAGUUUGGGGGCAGCCCGGGGCUAUCCAUUCCAUUUUGUUCCACUUUUCCUUUCCACUCAUCCUGCCAAGAGCCUGCCCCUGCGCUCCAUCCUGGGGAACGUGGUAUUUAAAAGAGAGACUAUAUUGGCAUUAAAUCUGGUUUGAUUUUAUUCCACUGGUCCCUUUGGGUCAGGGGACACUGAGCCCACUGCCUCAUUUCCCACCACAUCUCCCUCCAGCGCAUCUUUCUUGGCACCAGGGGCUGUGGAUGAAACAUGGAAGGGGGGCCACCAGUGUUCUGGUGACUUUCAUGAGGAGCCAGGCAGAGGUGAAGGGGAGGUCUCGGCCCCUCGUGAGAGCUCAGGGUCGCUGUGUCUUCCUGGGCUUCCCUGCUCAGGAUGAGCUCCUCCCCUGCCUUGCAGUGUAAGGUCUCCUUUGUGGCCAAGGAGUUAUGCUGAUGGGGCGGGGGGAGGCCCCCCAACAACGGAUUCAUCUAGAGGACCCCUGUCCCAGGUGGGGGCCCGCCAGGUAGCCUGUGGAAGGGCCCAGAAGGGGCCAGCCGAGGGCUGCUCUACCCAGCCCCAGGGAGGCUGCAGCCUGUGGAGACAGCUUGUCAUGACCUGCAUCCCGUGCCCAGGCCUGUGGCUGCCUCCCACCUGCUGUCUGCUCUGUCAGGCUGGGAUUACUAAAUACGGGCGUGCUCAUCAAGCUAGGCUCUGGGACAAUUAGCCUGUGUCCAUUUAACAAGAGUUCCUGGGCUCCCAGAGGGAUUCCCUACUCAGAUGUGGGCCAGCCCCCAGUGAGGGCAGCUGUCCUCCUUGCUGGAGCCUACAUCUCGAGGGCACAUCCAUCCACCUGUUGCCGACUUUGGGCUUUCCAUGGUCAUUCUCCCAUGUGUCCCUCUUAGACAGUGCUGUACCCCGAGGCCAGGGAGCCCCGAGGGGUCCCAGACACUGAGCAGGCUGCCCUUGAGCAGUCUUUGGGUAGGUAAGGCAAGACCAAGGUUACAGAGGGUGGGGAGGCCUAGGGCUGGAGGAGGAGCCUGAGCAAAGGUCCAAGGUCAGUUUGGCCCAGUCACCUUCCUUCUGAUGUUCAAGUGUUGGAUGAGAACUCUGCAACUGUGGGCCCUUGGUAAAUAAUUGAUAAAUGAAUGAAGUGCUGAGUGGGUGGGUAGAUGGCAGCCCCGUCCCUAGUGCUCCUGGCAGGGGACCCCAAGCCAUCUCGUGUUCGUCACACUGUCCCCUUGUCCACCCUCCUGCAGAGGUUUGACUGCUCUCUUAGGGACAAGGGAGGGUUUCUCAACUGAAAUGGGGGCUCAGAUCAGGAGCGGAGACAGAGCUCCUGUGUUCUCCCUGAGACCCAAAGGAAGGCAAGAGGCACCUUCCGGGUUCUGAAGGUUUGUCUGCACCCACUCGGGGGGCAUUCAGUGGGCCAGGUGGAGGGGGUGACAGGAAUAUGAUUCCUAACUUCCGUUUUUCCAGAUUUCUUGGCAGAGGUGCAGGAUUGAGGAGUGCCAGGGUUGGGGAGGUGAGCUUCUGCUCAGUGGACAUAGACCCCAACCUUUGACGCCUAGGUACCCUGGGAGGACGUUCAGCCCAGAGCAGCAGGCAGCAGACAGUGCCACCUUGUGGCAGGCCAGUCCCCCAACACACUAAAGCAGUUGGGGGGUGGUCAGACUGUAAAGUGCCAAAAGCAGGGGGCCUGGGAAAAGCAGGGACAUUUGAUAAAAUAUUUGCUGCCAGCAAAGGCUGGCUGCCAGCCAAAGAAAGGUCAAGAAGCCAGGGAAUAUGCACUGAAAGACCAAAAUUGUUAUUUUAUCUGUGUUUUUUUAAUAGAUAACCCUUGGCCAUAGCACAUAGAUUUUUUUUUUUGGGGGGGAGCAUACCAGGUUGCCUGUGGAACUCACCCCCCACUGCCCCUGCCCCAGACCAGGGACCGCUGAGUCUUAACCACUGGACCACCAGGGAAGUCCCACAAUAAAAAAAAAAAAUACAAACUAGAUAACAAUGACAAGUCUAUCCAGGUCCCAGUUACUUAUGAACUCUCUGGAAGUACUCAUGCAUGUUUAAGCAGUUCAGUAUGCAUUAGUCUUUCCCCUUUCUUACAUGGUGAUAUAUUCCACACAGUGGAAUAUAUCUUGCCCUUUAAAAUCUGUCCUGGAGAGUUGGAGAGAAUUCCCUGGCAGUCCAGUGGUUAAAAUUCUGUGCUUUCACUGCUCGGGGCCCAGGUUUGAUCCCGGGUUGGGGAACUAAGAUCCCAUAAGCUGUGCAAUAUGGCCAAAAAAAAAAAAAAAAAAAUCUGUCCUGGAGAACUUUCCAUGAUCAGUGCCUCCACCUUUGUUCUUUUAUAGCUCAUGAUGUUCCACUGUAUGGGUUUCCCAUAACUAAUGUGAAUUAACCAUAGUUAGAUCCUAUUGAUGGAAAUUUCAGUUGUUUCUAUUAGUGUGAUAUUACAAAUGAUGCAGCAAUAAAUACUCCUAAGCCAGUGCCA